CACGCAUGCAGGGGAGAAAAGUAGCCUCCGGAGUGAUCAUGACGCACUUUUAAGAGAACUUUUUCCACGGAGAGAAACAUUCGCAGUCAAGGACUUUUUCGCCCUCACCGAGCAGUUUUCACUUCAACGAGUUUUUCCAUCUCCGAGCCGCCGCGCACCGGUGUGAUGCCCGCCGGGAUGUUCAGCAUAGACAGCAUCCUGUCCGGCCGGCCGAGCUGCAAGGAGCCGCUGUUGCUGCACCGGAGCGGCCCGGUGGUGCUGUCCGCCGGCCUCACGGACUCUAUCUACACCGACUACAACGGACUGUACUCUGCCACGUGCGGCCCCUCUCCCCCCGGUGUUCAGUCUGUGAACGGGACCAGGAUAGGAUAUAACGGCUACUACUACGGACAGCUGCACGUCCAGGGAGCCGGAGGAGCGCCGCCGUGCUGCGGCUCUGUGCCCGGCCUCAGCCCGCAGCAGUGCCCCUGCAUCCCCGCAGGCUACGACAGUCCUGGUUCGGUGCUCAUCUCUCCGGUGCCGCACCAGAUGAUGUCCUACAUGAACAUGGGCAGCCUGUCGCGGACCGAGCUGCAGCUCCUCAACCAGCUGCACUGCCGCAGGAAGCGGAGGCACCGCACCAUCUUCACCGACGAGCAGCUCGAGGCUCUGGAGGGCCUCUUCCAGGAGACCAAGUACCCGGACGUCGGCACACGGGAGCAGCUGGCCCGCAAGGUCCACCUCCGGGAGGAGAAGGUCGAGGUUUGGUUCAAAAACAGACGCGCCAAGUGGAGGCGGCAGAAACGCUCUUCAUCAGAGGAAUCAGAGAACUCUCAGAAAUGGAACAAAUCCACCAAAACAUCCGCGGAGAAAACCGAGGAGAGUAAAAGCGAGGUCGACUCGGACAGCUGAAAACGUGUGUGUGUAUGUGUGUGUGUGUAUAAAUUUAUGUGGACUCGACGGCAUGCCGGUGGUGUUUGACGAUGAAACGUAUUGCCAUGUUGCACAGUUGUACAUAUCUACAUUUUAUUAUGGAUCAUGUGUCCGCUAUUUAUAUUUAAUUUAAGUUUUUUUCUUUUUUUGUAAUGUUCCGCGCGCCAUAAGACGUGCCGUCUGGAAGACUGACCGACAUGUCUGAAUAUAUCGUAAUAUUAUAUGUGACAUUUUUGUGGAUAUUAAAUGUUGUAAUUCUGGUCGUUUUUUUUCUCCGUUGUAACAACGGCCGCAGCGGGGAAGAAACACGCGGAGACUGUAAAAAAAAACAAACCAUUCUGCUGCAGAGCGCAGC